AUGAACAAGUUAAUCAUAGCUUUGGCCCUGGUAUCCGCCAUCUCUGCCAUCCCCCAGAAUACCUUUGAAGAGUGCGAGAAAGCCUACAGCGAAUGUCUUGCAGCUGGUACACCUGAAGUUGCCUGCAGCUGCACCCUGACAACCUGUGCCGGCGAAGACAGUGCUCGCAUUCGAGAAUAUUGUUCUUCCGCUACUGCCUCCCUCGCACACCCUACACCGACCAAGAUUCCUGGCGGAUGCAAUCCCGCUCACCCUGGAUCAUGCCCUUCAUCUUACCUCGGCAAGAAUAGCACUGUACCUGCUAAGACUAUGUCAUGGCUUCCUGGAAUCCCGGGCGGGUGUAACCCAGCACACCCAGGAUCUUGCCCAUCUUCGUACUUCACCAAGACUGGUCUGCCCCCAACCAGAACUCCCGUCACGAUUAUGCCUGGUGACUGCAGCCCUGACAGCCCCAGGUUCUGCCCUGCAGUCCCCUAUGUUCCUUCUCACAGCGCCGCCCAUCCUGCCCCCACUGGAAACUCUAGCUUUGGUGGCUUCUAUCCCAGCCCUAAGCCUCUCAAAGGCCAGACAGCUAUCAUCAAAAACCUUACCCGUUACUGUGGCGAGGACAACGACGGAUGUGACUACAACUUCAUUUUUGAGGGCGGUGGCAAGACUGAACAAUGCACUAUUGUCCGUAUGCCGGGCUCUGAUGCUGCCACUGAGAGUUGGUCCAAAGAGCCCUGUAACGAUAAGUCCAACCUGAUUGUCUCCUGGGGAUACGUGACUCAGCCUGGUCCUGCCUUCGCUGUUAUCACCGUUGUCAAGGGCAAGGUGUUAUCUUGGUUUGGAGUCGCAGAUGUUAAUGGCAAAAAGGUCACUCCAUCAAACCCCUUCGGCUCUGGACAGUUUGGCAAUCUUGGACCUGAGCAGGUUUAUACCUACUAA